AUGUCUUUCUUCUCAUCAUGGAUCAAAGCUAUGUUCAUCAUUGCCUUGGCAUUUCCUCUUUAUUCUGAAACUUCUUUUGCACCUGCACCAGAAUUCAGAUUUCCGCCGAACUGUAAACUAUAUUCAGAUCCUCUACAAAUUUGCACCAAAGAGUUGGAUCCAGUCUGUGCAACCAAUGCAAAAACUUAUCACAAUGAAUGUACUUUCUGCGAUGAAAAGAUGAAAAAUGGUCACAAAUUUGAUUUUGAACAUUUUGGUGUAUGUUGA